AUGGUAGCCCGGUUGAUUAUUUGCGCCUGUUUGCUGACAUCAGUGUCUGCUAAACCCACCUGUAAGAUCUAUGGCGCUGCAAAGACCGCCGUUAUAUGUAAGCGUGGAGAGAGCGACUUCACUCUGCAAAGGGGCUUGGUGUCUGACAGGAACGUAACAACGAAGGUGGUACUAAGGGCCUGCGGAAUCUCCCAAGUGGACCUGGAGUCGUUCGAAAACCUGCCAUCACUGAAGCAUUUAGAUCUAUCGCAGAACAAAAUCCAAAACCUCGAGUUGGGUGUGCUGGACGGUCUGACAAAACUGAAUCACCUCAACUUAUCUUAUAAUUCGAUUACGAACCUUCCGCUCGGUUUGUUCGAUCAAAUUCCAAAUCUAUUGAACCUCGAUUUUUCAGCAAACGGGUUAUCCUCACUUGAACUGGGAGUGCUUGAUCCUCUGACAAAGAUAAAAGCGUUGAAUUUGUCUAGUAACUCACUGAUAGGGAAGAAUAUUAGCCCUUAUUUGUUCGAUCAAAACCCUCACAUCAGUGUUCUAGAUUUAUCUAGAAACGACAUGUCCCGGGCGCCAAAUAAUCUAUUGCAUUCUCUGCAAUCAUUAGAGUCUUUUACUCUGGAUAGAGCCUUCCUCGCGGAAGUGCCCAAAUUCGCGACGUCACCGAAUCUGAAGACGAUGAAACGUCUUGUGUUAUCCACUAAUCAAAUCCAGAAAAUCGACGACGCUACUGUCUUCGUGAAUUUAGAAAACUUGGAGGUUUUGGAUUUGGAAAGGAAUAAUUUGGAGUCCAUAAACGAAAACGUGUUUAAGCCUCUGAGGAAACUCAAAGGUAUCUAUCUUCGGAGUAAUAAAUUGAGAGAAAUCCCGAUUAACCUCUUCCAAAACUUACCGAAACUCGUGAAUUUGGAUUUGGCCCACAACUUUAUAGCGUCGUUCAGCGCCCGCGGAUUGAUAGGCACGUCAUUGAAAAAUCUCAAUCUAUCGGACAACGGAAUAACAUUCAUGCCGGAAAAGUUCUGUUCGCAGCUGAAAGACAUUGGGGUUAAUUUGUCCAAAUUUUUCUUCAACCCGAAUCCUUGGCAAUGUUUAUUCGACCAAAAACCCAAUUUGAAAUUGCUAGAUUUAAGAGGCAAUACGAUAAAAAACCUGAAGCUAGGAGUUUUCGAUGCACUGACAAAAUUGCAACACUUAGACUUAUCGAGUAACUCCCUUGUGGGAAAAGAUAUAAAUCCGUACAUUUUUGAUAGGAGCAAGCAAAUAAAAUUCGUGGAUUUCUCGAGAAAUGACAUGUCCGAAUCGCCUGAUAACUUGCUGCAUGCAUUCCGUGCGUUGGAUUUCGUAAAUUUGGACAGAUGCUUUCUCAAAGCAGUACCGCGGUUCGCAACCAUACCGAAUUUGAAAAACUUGAAGCAUCUCAUGCUCUCGACGAAUCUUAUUAGCAAAAUUGAUAAUGCAGCCACUUUUGUGAAUUUAGACAACUUGGAGAUAUUGAACUUGGCGGAGAAUUGCUUGGAGUUUAUAAAUGAACACGCAUUGAAACCAUUGAGAAACUUAAAAAUGGUCGUACUUAGAGAUAAUAAACUGAAACACGUACCGGACGAUCUUUUCCGUAACCUGCCAGUGUUGGCAAACAUUGACCUCUCGAAUAAUGCGUUGACAGCCAUUCCGGUAAAUUUUUUUCGUGGUACUGUUUUAAAAAAUCUCAAUCUGUCGAACAAUAAGUUCACUUAUCUUCAGUAUAAUUUCUGCUUGGAGUUGAAGAAUUCCGGAGCGAGAUUGACAAGGUUCUUCUUCAACCAGAACCCUUGGCAGUGUGCUUGUUUAAAGGAUGUAUUGCGUGAGGUGAAAGCGAUGAGCGUGGAAUACAACAGCGCCAAGUAUGACGGACAGCAUCCAGUUUGCGUCACUCAAGACGAAUUCGUCUGCCACAGGCACCAGAAUCAUAACGAUGCCUAUAUCAAACUGUUCGAAAGCGUUAUCGCA